AAUGGGUGUGACUGCUCGUUUGUCAUAUCAGUUGUGUUCUGAACAGCAUGUGUUUUCUACUACCGACAGAAACUAUACCAGCAAGUAUAGUAUACUAUAAAGUGUCCGCGAACGAACAGAAUGCGGAGGUGGAAUUAGUGCAUGGUGAAAUCUAGAUAGUACAUGGGAAGAAGCUUGACAGUCAUACAUUUUCAUACGAUGUCAUUCGAAUCACGCGCGAAACAAACAUUAUUAGUUAAUAAUCCGAUAUAAUCAAUAAUUUUCGAAAAAGUUCGGCGAAAACGCAAGAGUAGCGGGUUCCAGUGUUAAGGAAAAAGUUGAAUCGAUAGCAUGAAACAAUGGGAAUAAUUAAGAACAUUCCAUGUUCAUGAACAACAAUAAUCAAGGAUUACGUUUCAUGCGCUAUAUAUUCAUAGCUGUAAUCCCAUAGAGCAUAUAUAAUUCGUAUCUAGGUUAUGCGGUACUUUUUCGUAUCGAUCGAUUUCAUUUUUCUGCGUCAACCGCUUGUUAACUAUCGACUUAACGACUACAAAUGUUAAAUCCAUUUUAUUUGUUACUAUCGUGUUUAUAAAUAUUCCUAUCUUAAGAGCACAUUGUUGGAAUAAAAAUCAGCAAUGGUUUUCGAAUCGAUCGUUGCUGAACUUUUGAACAAAGUGUUGGGAGAGUAUAUACAGAAUUUGGACUGCACGCAAUUAAAACUUAGUUUAUGGGGAGGAGAUGUUGUAUUAAAUGAUUUAUUAAUAAAAGAGACUGCAUUAGAUGUGUUGGACUUACCUAUAAGAUUAGAAUAUGGAAGAUUAGGCAAACUUAUCUUAAAAAUACCAUUCAAGGAUAUGUGGAAUGGUCAAAUCGAUGCAAUAGUUGAAGAAUUAUUUUUACUUAUAGUACCUACAAGUCAAAUUGCAUACGAUGCAGAAAAAGAAAUCAAAGUUCAGCUUGAAGCCAAGAGGGCUGAGCUUGCAAGAGUUGAGAAAACGAAACAGUUAGCGGACACUAAAUUACAAGAGAAAUUAGAUGAUUCAAUGGUUGAGAAACUUAUUGCUCGUAUGAUAAAGAAUAUUCAUGUUGAAAUAAAAAGGAUACACGUACGAUACGAAGAUCAUGUUUCUUUUAAAGAUCAUCCAUUUUCAGUUGGUUUCACGCUUAAUAAAUUCAUAUUAGAAAGUUGUACAGAUUCUUGGGAAACGGAUGGUAAUUUGAAGGAUAUGUAUGCUAUUCAACAAAUUUAUAAGUUAUGCACACUGGACGGUUUGGCUGUAUAUCUCAAUACAACCACAGAUCAAUUUAGUAGCAGUUCACUAUCAAAUUAUUCAGAUCUCUUUUGCAGUGGUAUUGCAACCAUAGAUUACAAUCCAUUAGGUUACCAAUACUUAUUGGGUCCGAUAAAUGUGAAUGCUAAAUUAAAGUUAAAUCCAAAGCCAGAGACAGAUGGCAGUAACUAUACUAUUCCCAAGGUGUGGUUGGAUUUGGAAAUGCAAAAAUUAAGAAUAGGACUAACAAAGAAACAAUAUCGUACUCUUGUUCAAUUAGGUGAAGGUUUAGAUCAAGCUCAAAAAUCAGCACCGUAUAGAAAGUAUAGACCUAACUUCACAUCGUACAGGGGACAUUACAAAGAAUGGUGGCACUUUGCAUACACUUGUAUUUUAGAAGAAACAGUGCGCAGAAAUCGUAAAAAUUGGGACUGGAAUCAUAUGAAGCAACAUAGGGAUUUAUGUCGUGAAUAUGCUGAAGUAUAUCAGACAAAAUUAACAACCAAGAAGGUUGUACAGGAAAUAGAAGAUCGUCUUACGAAAUGUGAAAUGAACUUGGACAUUUUCAACUUGGUGAUCAUUAGACAGCAAAUUGAGAUGGAAGUAGAAAGAUUGGCGGAAAAGGAAAAGAACUUGAAAGCGAAACGCGGUUGGUUUGGAUUCCUCUGGUCCGGUUCACAGGCAGAGGAAACUCAAGAUUUAAAUUCAGCAGCUGCGAUAAUGCGGAAAUUUGAGCAAGCAAUGACGCCGCAGGAAAAAGAAAAAUUGUAUAGAGCGAUCGAUUAUCAAGAAAAUACCGCGCCAGCUCAUUACCCUGAAACAUACGUGAUGAUCGAUACACGGUUCCUUUUACGUGAACUUCAAAUAAUAAUUUUAGAUACGGAUAAAGAAUUCCCAUGUGUACUGGAUCUUCAACUUCAUGUCGUUGAAGCUAGCUUCAAUUCAAGGCCAUCCGCUAAUGCCAUAUUAGUUACAGCAUCGAUCAACGAAAUGAAGCUUUUAGGAACGAAGCAAAGUGAUUGCGUCCCUUCGCUUUUCAAUUCUCACGAACACAGCGCAGAAAAGGUUUUAAUAUACGUAUCAUAUGAAAAGAAUCCACUUGAUAAAUUAUGCGGUGACCGCGUCAUAGUAAGAUCAACAUCGGUGGAUAUUGUUUACGAUGCACAAACAGUGAUAGAAUUAGUUAAUUUAUUCAAAGUACAAAACUCUUCAACUUUAAAUCAACUUCAAGCAGCCGCCGCGGAACAGUUGGAAGGUUUUAAGGAAAUGUCAGCUCUCGGCUUGGAACACGCAAUUCAAAAACAUUCGGUAUUAGAUAUACAGGUCGACAUGCAGGCGUCGCAGUUAAUUAUUCCGCACGGUGGAUUCUACAAUAGCACAAAAUCAUUGUUAGUUGUCAAUCUUGGUAGCUUAAAAAUGCACUCGUUAGAGAAGCCGAAUGACAAUAAGACGAAUGUGUCUGUGAAACAGUUAAUUAGUAUGGGUAAAAGCGAAGAAGACGUCUUGUUGCAUCUCAGAGAGCAUACCUAUGACAAAUUUGUUCUGAAAAUAGUCGACGUUCAAAUAUUAGUUUCUCUUCCGGAAGAAGAAUGGCGCACAAAUUUAUCGAAAGUCCAUGGUUCUAUGACCUUAUUGCAUCCAACUACGCUUGAAAUACAGUUUCACAAAUGCUUGGUUACCGACGACCCCUUACUUCCGAAAUUGAGACUUAUCGGUCAAUUGCCGUCACUCGUAAUUAAUAUAACAGAUAAUCGCUUGUUACAAGUUUUGUCUAUCGCUCAGAGUAUACCAUUACCAAAAGAAGAAGAACCUACGGAUCUUCAGAAAUGUUCACUUAACAAAUCCAGUUCUCAACUAUCGCUGUUGAAAGAGCUGACAACAAUUUCCACCAUGUCUGAAAAGAAAAAGGAAGAGACUUCGUCCGUUAAACAGACCACUGAUUUGGAAAUGAAGUUUGUCAUGAAAGAAUUUGCAUUAUUGGUUUCAUCCCAAAAUGAUGAUGUAAUAAAACCAUUUGUAAAAUUCGAGAUAUUACAAUUGGAAGCAGAAAUGUUGCAGCGAACUUAUGACCAAGAAAUAUUGUUGAGAUUGGGUGGUGUCCAAGUAAAACAACAUUACAAAGAAGCAGAAAUAUUUAUGGUAAACACACCUAUGUCGACUGGUAAAGAUGAAUACUUGAUAACAAUGCAAUAUAUUAAUGUGAAUAAACGAUCUCCAGACUUUACAACGAGACAUGGAUCUGUUAUUAAAUUAUUAAAGCUGGAGUUUACGACUUUAGAUCUUUUACUUCACCAAGAAGCUUUAAUUAGCCUUUUACAGUUUGCAACAUACAUGCAGAAUCGAAUGAAUUCUAUAGUAAAAAGUACAGUGGAUGAGGAUCGUCCGAUACGUCCAAGAGUAAGUCAUUUGGCUUCUAUUCAAGAAGAAACGUCUACUUUCUUUAAGGAACAAAUUCAUAGGCAAAAAAUUAGAUCGACUUCAUCGCGUCGAAAGAGAACAAUGAUCGAGCAUACGGAUUUAAAGGUUCAAACAAAAGUUGGAACUAUUUGUAUGAAGAUAAUCAGUGAAUCUAAAGAAAUUACUGCGUUUUAUGUUGAUGGUAUUACAGCCGGUUUCACGAUGAAGGCUUCUUAUUCCCGAACGAACGUGAACUUGUCCUCCAUUCGUAUUAUAGAUCUUAAUACUGCAUCAGUUUAUAGAGACAUCUUAUCAGUGACAGAGGAUGCCGAGUCUUUGCAAGUUCAGGCUAUAAUGUAUAAUAUUGAACCGUCGGAAACUGACAAAAAUAAUAUGUCCAUUACAAUUGUGAUGGGCUGCUAUCGUAUUGUUUUCUUAAAUAUGUUUGUUACCAGGAUAAUGAGUUUCUUGAACAACUUUCAAGCUGCUCAACAGGCUAUAAAAGAUGCUUCAGCCGCAGCUGCGGAAGCUGCAAAGACAAACAUUAAAGAUGUUCAAGAAAGUGCAACGCGUAUUGGACUUGCAAUUAAAAUUAAGGCUCCCGUUAUAUAUGUACCUAUGCAUUCGAAGAGUAAUCAUUGCUUAACGCUGGACAUGGGUAAUCUUACGGUAUGCAAUGUGUUUAAAAAAUUGGAAGUCACAAAUGAGAUGGGAGAUUGUCCCAUUGUCGAUGAAAUGAAAAUUGAAUUGCAAAACUUGAAGUUGUCUAGAGCGAAGUUGAAUGUGGACGAGUUUGCAGUUGAAAAUGAAAUAUUAUUAUUAGAACCAGUCAGUUUCACCUUACUUAUUAAACGGAAUUUAUCAACCUCUUGGUUCACCUCUAUACCAGAUAUCGAUAUGUCUGGCAGAUUGAAUAAAAUUAAUCUGUUAAUUAGUAAAGAGGAUUACGCGACUACGCUUAAAGUAUUACAAGAGAAUUUAGAGGAACAGGUUGAAGAAGUAAAAUCUGUGCAAGGUGCUCUUCAAAGUGAGAAGAAACUCGAAGUGGAAGUGCAGCAUCACCAAAGUGAUAAACUUGGAAAAGAUGCUGUAGCGGGUGCGGAAGACACGGACUUUCAGGAGCAAGUACAUGUACACACGUCCAUCAAAUUCGAGUUUGUUAUGGAUAGUCUCGUAAUUAACUUAUUCACAGGAGGAUCGAAAAUGCUGCGGUCCGAAAGCUCUCUACUACAUUUACCAGAGAAUGGAUUGGCAAAGUUUUCUUUGACUCAUUUCGCAUUGAAAGGUAGGAUAUUUGCAGAUGGAUUACUGGCAACUUCUAUUCUUCUUAUGAACUGUACUCUGGAUGAUACACGCCAGAGUAGACAAGGCUCUCUUAUUAGAAUUAUGGAAAGGACAACAGCUGUACCUUCCAUGGACGACGUGGAAGUAGACUCGAAGUCAGUUCGCAGUAUGUUAGACAUGACUGUUAGACAAAGCUUGAAUGAUACAUUCGUCGAUGUCAGAGUUUUCUCCUUCAGCAUAAUUGUGUCCCUCGACUACUUGAUGAAAGUGAAAGACUUUUUUGCUAUUGAAGAAGCACCUUCGAAUAAAGCAGUAUCGCAGGGUGUAGCAAAGAAUUACGGUGAAACGGCGACAAAGAAAAAACAAACUCCUGCUGCAAUGAGUAAAAAAAUGUUAACUAUUAACCUGCACAUUGAGAAGCCAGAUAUUAUACUCCUCGAAGACAUGGACGACAUCAAUUCAAAUUGCAUCAUAUUAAAUACGGAGCUGAUCUUAAAAGUACGUCUGAUGGGUGAGCACCAAGUGAUAACUGGUUCUAUAAAAGAUUUGUCGAUUUUAGCUGGUGUAUACAAUCCGGUGAAGAGAAGUGAUUGGAUAUAUCAGGUUUUGAGACCAUGCAGUAUUAGCGUAGCUGGAUCUACACCAGAGGGAAAAGGUCUUCAUAUAGAUGUUUGUUGCACCGACAUUCAUGUAUCGGUAUCACCAGGCGUAAUUGAGAUAUUAAAUAAAGUCGUUCACACUGCUACAAAAACAGAAACGAAGGAUCAGGAAGUUGUUAUUUCUGAAUCAAAUCAUGAAGGACUAUGGAUUAUAACGCCAUACGAAGAGAGCGAUUUUUGGUUUCUAAAAACAGAAGUAGGAGUAGAAGUUCUAGAAGAUUUUGCAUAUUCCGAUGAUGACGUUACUGCAGAUUAUAAACCAGAAUUGGCAAUAAUUGCUGCACCUACAAUUUUAUUUACAUUGGAAGCAGGUGUUGGUAAUAAAACCCUACCCAUGCUUCUCUUUCAUAUUGGAUUUCAAAGUAAUAUUAAUGAUUGGAGCUCGAAAUCUAUGAGCGUGGAUGCUACAAUGUCGUUGAUUAUGGCAUAUUAUAACAGUUGUCUUGCAUUAUGGGAACCAUUAAUCGAGCCUAUAGAAGGAACCAAAAAUGGAAAGCGAGUUUCCACGCCUUGGGAGUUAAAAACUAAAAUUCAAUUCAACGAAAUUACGGUAGAUUCCAGAGGAGCAAGCUUAGCAAGUCCAACUUCUGAGAGUGAACCAGAGGAAUGGCAUCAAUCAGUUAAAAUGUCUAUCGAUAUAGAAUCUUCGGAGAACUUGGAGAUAACCGUCACCAAAACUUGUCUCGAUGUGCUCAAGCAACUUGGCAAUGCAUUUUCGUCUGCAAUGGACACCGGCGAGAAAAGCAUUGCUAAAAACUUAGCACCCUAUGUACUCAAGAACGAAACUGGUUUAGCAAUGGUUCUAGAUUUAGAACGCAGUUACUUCAAGGUAUUUAACGAUGGAUCGAAAAUAACAAGGGAUAACACAGACUCGUACAUGGAAGUAAUUUUGGAAUCUGGUGCAUCGGUGGAACUUGCUUCGAAAACUACGAAGACUGAAAUACCCUUGCUAGAUCAGCUAAAGAGUGAUUCGAUUAAAGAAAGAGAAGAUGAUAAAUUCAUUGUUUCGUUCAAAGAGAUCGACUGUACAUUGGCGAUACCAGUUUUAAGAGCCGAUAAGAGGUUCUUUUCGUUAAGGUAUCGAAAGGAAGGUUCCGAAGAAUGGGGUAUCGUAUCUGAUGUUGUAGUGGACGAAGGGAGUACUAUUGUCACUCUUAGAAGCAUUCUUCAGGUGCAUAAUCAUUUCAGCGAAACAGUAUCUGUAUAUUAUAUGACCAAACGUGGAAACGAAGUUGAAUGCGUGGGCACUGUUGCACCAGAUAAUAAAUUGAAUCUUCCAUUAGAUGCAGUCUACACUCCGACAAAUACUUACUGGCUAUUUUUCAGCGUCGACAAGUACAUGGUUUCGUUAGAACCAUUCGUUUGGAAAGAUUUACAAAAGACAGUUUCUAUGACGAAACUCUUAAAAUGCGAAAGCCGUACAAAACAAGAAGUGGUAGAACCAUUUUACAUAAAGAUGUGUUGCGUGAUGAUUGUGAUUGGUAGUAUUUUAUAUAAUAACAACACUGUUGGCUUAUUAUUUGAUGCUAUUAACUGGCAAUCCAUAUUCUGUCGUUUCAUUGAUUAUAUCAAGCGUUUUUGCUUGGAAAAUAUAUCCUCAGAACACCCAAAAUACGUGGAAGCACCUAUUCAGGUUGUAGGAGAGAUAGAACAAGUUUAUUUUGAAAAUACAAGCCGACAUACGAUGGCUAGUACCAUUUAUAAUGUUCACUUGUAUCCGUCUGUAUAUUUGAAGAAUUUCCUACCUAUCGAUAUCAUUAUAUCAAUUCCUGGAAGUAUCCAAGAGAAGUUACUGGAAGCAGGCACAUCUUAUCAAAUACCUACAAUUGAUCCUGGGAAAUCUCAUAUAAUCAUCAAGUUACCAAAUUAUUUAGAGAAGGACUGGUCAUGUAGAGGCGAGAUAUUGGCAAAUCCACCAGAAUUUUCAGUCUGGUCUUUCGAAUCUUUCGAUAGUGCAGAAAAAGUUGUAAUGGACUUGGGAAUGCAUGCAUCCUACAAGCAUGGAUCUACUGUUAUGGCGUUAUAUUGUCCAUUUUGGAUGUUAAAUAAGACAGGUUUAAUGUUGUCUUAUCGGAAAUCAAGUAAGGGUGGCAAAGAACACUCAAGUCCAAUCAAGAAUUUGCUUUGUGUCAGGAAACCCCAUCGACAACGUGCAGAAUACAGGAAGAAGAAAGCACGUUCGAGUGGAGACAACUAUUUAAAUGUGUUAUAUCACCCAGAAAACUUUAAAGGACCAAUAUUAUUUUCAUUUCGCUCGAAAGUAUUCUUUGGUAAAAAGAAGGCAAUGAUUAGAGUGGAGAAUGGAGAGUGGUCUGAGAAAUUUCCAAUAGAUGUUGCUGGAAGCGAAGGAAUGGUUGCUUGUAAAUACAAUGGAUUGACUUAUCAGAUCGGAGUUCAUAACCAAUUGACCUAUAAUUCUUUGACAAAACAGAUUACGUUUACUCCAUACUAUGUAAUCAUAAAUAAUUCUGAUUUUUUUAUUGAAUGUCAAGAAGGUGAUAGACCAGCUGAUCCUAUGUUCAAAAUUCCUCCCGGCGAAUGCACAGCUCUUUGGCCUCGUUCUGAACACGAACAGAAAACUUUGAGAGCUAAAAUUGUGGGAGAGCCUGAAACAACUGCACCACUCAUCUACACCGAAAGUCAUACAACUUUGCUAAAAUUAGAUAAUAAGUAUGGAGGAAUCAAUGUGGAUGUACAAAUAAGCGAAGGUGGAGUUUAUAUUUCUUUGUCCAUUUAUACUUAUGGUAAUGCUCCAGCGUUAAUUAUUAACCAUACUUCUCAUACUAUCCAAUUUUGGGAAAAGGGCUCAUUGAACGUCAGAUCUGUACAAUCGUAUAAUAGAAUGUUUUACACUUGGGAGAAUCCCUCAGGACCAAAGAGGUUAGUGUGGGAGGAUAACAAUAAAAAGGAAAUAGAAGACACUUUAAGAAAGGACACGUUAGGCGCUUUCCUGCUACCAGAUUUGGAAGAAGAAGUAUUUUAUGUAUCAUUCUUGGAUGGUACUCAACGAAUACUUCUGUUCACGUCGAACAUGAAAAUUGCUGAAGACUGUCAAUUAGCAGGCGAUUUUGAAACUAUAGAGCAAGAAAUAACCAUAAGUAUCCACGGAGUUGGACUCUCACUUGUAAACAAUGUAACGAGAUCAGAAUUGUUAUAUAUGUGUGUAGCUAGUUCUGGAAUUAUUUGGGAAGCCAGUAAAUCUGCUGCUCAUCGUUGGCGAGGUCUCAGCGCAAACGAAGUAAAUGUCAUAGAAGAAGGAUAUCAAAAAUAUCUGCGAGAGCUUCAAAUAGGAAGAGAUCCGUCGCAGAAAGUAAUGCUCGAGCCAAAAUUGGAGAUUGACUAUAUGAACAUGGAAAUGUUGAAACCGCAUCGUAGACUUCUGCGGCGAACCUUUCAAACAGGUUUAUGGUUACAGUAUCGAACAUCGGCACAUCAAGUGCAAUUGCAUGCGAAGAUCAAUAGACUUCAAAUUGAUAAUCAGCUCUCAGACUGUGUUUUCCCGGUCAUAUUAGCUCCAGUUCCACCUCCAAAAAGUGUCACCCAAAGCACCGUAAUGAAACCAUUCGCUGAAUUGAGUAUGGUCAAGCGUCUAUUAGAGCACAGUAGUGUUCAGCAAUUCCGGUACUUUAAAGUUCUCGUACAAGAGUUUCAUGUAAAAGUGGAUAUUGUAUUUAUUAAUGCAAUAAUGGGAUUGCUCGAGGCAAAUGAAGCGAACGACGUAGAAGAAGUUAAAUUAUUUAAAAUCGACAUGAAAUUGGUCGACGAACCCUUAAUGUAUCACGUGAGUCUAAUCACUACAGCAGAACAGAAAAAUUUCUUCGAUUUACUUCACUUCUCGCCGUUGAAGAUACACAUAAGUUUCUCGAUGUCCGGUAGCAGUAGUGGACCGUCUGCAGUCCCUCAAGUAUUAAAUGUAUUGCUACAGGGGAUUGGUGUCACAUUAACCGAUAUCAAUGACAUCGUUUUCAAAUUGGCAUAUUUUGAAAGGGAUUACACUUUCAUGACCACUAAACAACUUAUUUCCGAGGCACAGAUGCAUUAUGUAGGCCAAGCAAUUAAACAAGCGUACGUUCUUGUUUUGGGGCUUGAUGUGAUUGGCAAUCCAUACGGACUUGUGAUUGGUACUGUGAAAGGUAUCGAAGACUUAUUUUAUGAACCUUUCCAAGGCGCUAUACAAGGUCCUGGAGAAUUUGCGGAAGGUCUACUUCUUGGUGUCAGAAGUAUGUUAGGUCAUACUGUUGGUGGAAUGGCCGGAGCUGUUUCAAAAAUCACCGGCGCCAUGGGUAAAGGUCUAGCUGCUCUUACAUUUGACAAGGAUUAUCAAAGAAAACGACAGGAACAGCUGAACAAGCAGCCUUCUAAUUUGCCAGAAGGUCUUGCUCGAAGCGGUAAAGGUUUGGUAAUGGGGGUGGUUGAUGGUGUAACCGGGGUCGUCAUGAAACCUAUAUCAGGCGCUAAGGAAGAGGGGGUAGAAGGUUUCUUCAAAGGAUUCGGUAAAGGUGUUGUUGGCCUUGUCACCAGACCAACUGCUGGUGUUAUAGACUUUGCUAGCGGAUCGCUUGGAGCAGUGAAACGAGCAACCGAAUUAAAUGAAGAAGUGAAGAGGACGAGGCCACCUAGAUUCUUUCAGCCAGACAAUUUGGUUAGGCCAUAUAUAAGAGAAGAAGCUGAAGGACAUAAGAUUUUAACUGAAUUAGAAAAAGGAAAAUACGCGACCACUGAUAUCUAUUUCUAUCACGUUUAUAUUUCUAAAGAUGUCGUAUUACUCACCGACAAAAGGAUAGCAUACUUGGAACAUUGUGAUUUAUUCGGUGGCUGGAAGGUGCAUUGGGCGUACACGUGGCAAGAAAUUGGUGAAUUGCCAAACUUAAUUGAUAGAGGUAUUCAAAUUUCUGUUAAGGAUGGAAGCAAAAGAAAAGCGCUUGGGAAAAUAUUUGGCAGCGGAGAUCAAUCAAAAAUAAUUCUAAUACAAGAUUACACUGCAAGACAGCUUUUAUAUAAUAAGAUACAAGAGCAAAUUAAUCAAUGCAGUUUAUAAUACUGGCAAUGAAAAGGAUAAAAGCAAAUGACACAUAUAACGCAUAAUUAAAUACUUAAAUACAAUUAAUUAUACUGAUAGUGCCUGGCAUUAUAAACUUAUAUUAAGCUUUGCAAGCGAAAGUGCAUAAAUUCUAUACACCGUAAAAGGUUUUUCUACAAAUACAGAUUACAAGACUGAUAUUAAAUUGGGGUCAACCGAAAUUACAGAAAAGUCAGUAUGUAGCAUUAUUCUUAUUAUAAUACGAUUUUAAUUGAAAAUUUAUAUAUUUGUAUUAUCGAUUACUACCUUUUUUAUCAAAUAAUAUGCUGGUUUUAAAUUCCUGUAUAUUAUUUGUUUUACACAGCAUGAAAUCGUUGUUGCAGUAUUCUUUAUUGCUGAAUGUACUACGAGCACGCAACAGAAGCGUACAUACAAUUCUUAUGAUGUAUAAUUUAUACAUACAUACAUACAUACAUGCAUACAUAUACACACUCGUAUACAAACAUGCAGCAUACAUAUACACAUACAUACAUACAUAUGUACAUACUUAAGAAUGUAAACUUAAACGCACAUGCCACGUUCGAUUACACUUUUGUAUGUACCUGUUUAAGUGUUUUAUCAUUACACAUAUACGUACAGAGUAUUUCUAAUUAAAAUGUGCAUCAUCUUACAUGAUAGUUUUUCUUCGAUAUUGAAUAAUAAGUUUAAGUACUUCCUUGUACAGUACUAUCUAGUA